AGAGUUAUCUCCCUGUACGUGUUACAAAACAGCAGCAAAAUGGGUGCACGCUCCACACAACAAUAUCGGUUAUUCAUGAAGAUUUGUGAUGAAUGGCCAUUAGAUCCAACUAGAAAAACCAGGGACAUUGCACUGCUUAUCCGACAGAAGGGUAUGUUUAUUUUCAAGCAAUCAAAUUCUACGACGUUAUUGAACUCACAAGUGUGUCGCAAUGAACAGGACAGUCUUCGAAGACUCGUCGACAAUGUUCACCAUGAACGCUGGCGUCCCAGACCCCGUACAGAAGGGUCUUCAGGUAUCAACCUGGAAAUCAUUAAAAAAAUGCUGUCUGAUGAGACGAUGGAGCUCUCGAAGUUGGGAGAUAAGGGUGUUUUAUCCAGAAACUUUGAGGUGUUGAAGUCGUUUACAAAACCGAAAAGCUGAUAAUGGGGAGAUGUGCUAUAAUACCAAGUUGUGUGUGGAUCUAUGAGCAGUCCUGGUGAUGUUCGUUUACGACAAGGUGUCUAGCUCACGAAGUUAAGUACCAAAAGUAACAAAUGCGGCGGAAGAGUUAUUUAUCAUAUAAACCACCUGGGUUAUGUGUUGUGGACGAGGGGAGGUAAUCGCGAUUGAAGUUUACAAAAUGUAAAUUAAAGUGGACUUGUUCAAGGAAUACUAUUAUUGACUGUACAUGUGAUCGUGUUGUUUGUACUAUUAAAACUAGUUAGUAAACUGUAUUUUUUCUGAAA